AUGUCUAAACACGGGAUUAGGCUCCCUGGAGCUCUUUUGGACGAGCUAAAUGGCAAGGACUACAAGGAUGAUGAGCGAUUCAAAGGCCACAGGUCAAAGAGGGCGCGCAAUCAGCCCAAUAGGAAGGAUAAGCGCCGGGAACGCCGGCAGCUGAAGAAGCAGAAGCGACAGCGGGGCGAUGUGGAGUCAGCCCCGCAAACGGGGCGUGCUGCGGCAGCGCGGCCAAGGCAACAAAAGAAAGAGAAGGCGGCCCCGGCGCCAAGGCAGACGGCCGCUCCGUUCUCAUCGGAUGACGAGCUCUCGUCCGGGGAUUUCGAUGAGUUUGAUGAGGGCGAUCUGAGUGCAGGCGAGCUCGAGCAGCUGCGCGAACUAGAGGAGGACGAGUCCGCAUCGGAAGAUGAGGGCGGCAACAGCAGCAGCAGCGAUGAGCAGGAGGAGGAGGAGGAGGAGGAGGAGCUAGAUGCCGCGCAGACGAUGGAGCGGCUGCGCGCACUGAAGGCGGCCAAGGUUAAGAAACAGCAGAGAUCGAAAGAGCCCGAGCAGGAGGAGGAGCUAGAUGCCGCGCAGACGAUGGAGCGGCUGCGCGCACUGAAGGCAGCGAAGAGCAAAGCGAAGCAUAGAUCCCAGGAGGAGGAAGAGGACGAUGACAGCGAAGAGGACGAUGACAGCGAAGAUGACGACGAGGAGGAGUUCCGUGGCUUUGAUGACGAACCAGAACACGACGCGCGGGAGCGCGCCGCUAGAUCCUCGAGCAGUAGAGCUCCCAUCCUGCCUGAGGACCUCGCUGCAGUUGAACGGGAUGAGAUGGCCAUGAACUAUUACGGGAAGAAGCUGGGUUUGAAACGCAAGAAGUGGCAGCUACAUGCUACAGACGAAUUUGAUGCGAUUGGUGGCCUGCUCGAGGGCUUGGAUUUCUUCCAGAAUUAUGGCGAGGAAGGCCAGUAUUCCGAAGAUGAGGAAGCCUCGCAAGAAGACACUGGGUCCGAGUCGGGCGACGAGGAGAUCGGCAGCGAGGCCGGCGACAAUGCAAGAAGCGACGGCGGGCUACCUUUUUCGUCGGACGAUGAGCUCUCUUCUGGGGACUUUGAAGAACUAGAUGAAGAGGAUGUCGAAGACGACUCAGAACAUGUUGAGCAAGCGAAGAAGAGCAAGAAGGAGAACCCCUAUGUAGCGCCCGCUGCUGGUUCUUAUGUGCCACCUUCACUCCGCAAAAAGAUGUUGGCAGAAACUGACAGCAAGGAAACCGUGCAGCUCAAAAGAAGCGUGAGGUCAUCAUUGAACAAGCUUUCUGAGUCGAACAUACCGAUCAUUGUAGCAUCUUUAAACGAGCAGUACGACCUGCAUGCACGGCAGUAUGUGACAGACGCGAUCAAUAGUCAGAUCAUCGAGAUUAUCUCUCAGAAUAACAAACUGUUGGAUACUUUUAUUAUGGCCUACGCCAGUGUGGCCUAUGCACUAUGGAGACUGCGCGGAGUUGAAGUUGGCGCUUCGUUUGUGCAAGAGGCUGUUCUCUCGUUUCUUCGGCUAUAUGAUGAGCAAAUGAAGCAAAUAGAGGACAUGGGCGACAUCGAUGUCAAUACAUUCUCAAAAAAAUGUAGCAAUCUCAUAACGCUACUAGCAUAUGCCUACAAUUUCGGGAUGGUAUCUUCUCGGUUAAUCUACGACUGUGUGCGUGUUUUUAUUAACAAACCUAAUGAGUUCACGAUGGAGUUGGUUCUUCGAGUUGUCUCGGUCAGUGGGCCUUUAAUACGUGGUGAUGACCCUGCUGCUUUGAAGGAUAUUUUGGCAGAGCUAUUACCGAACGUUAAUAAGAUCAAGCAGACCACACGCAUGAAGUUCUUGCUGGACACUCUAUUGGAUUUGAAAAACAAUCGGUUGAAGCCAUCCAUUCUAGCUGCAAGUCACCAUGGUAUUAAAAAAGUUCUUGCUGGCGCCUUGAAGACAGCUGCUCCCACUGACGCCUUGCAGGUUUCUCUAGAGGAUAUUCAGCAGAUUGAGACGAAGGGCAAAUGGUGGUUGGUUGGCUCCUCUUGGAAGGGGAAUAUGGACAAUGCCUUCGCUGAAGCCGAUAAAGCCAAGCCAGAGCCGGUUGCGAAGAAGCGCACCAUUGAAAUUACAGACACUCUUCUAGAUGGCAUACCUGACUGGAAUGAGAUCGCUAAAGCCCAAAGGAUGAAUACUGAUGUCAGGAGGGCAAUAUUCAUCAGCAUUAUGUCUGCACACGAUUAUAUGGAUGCGUUUACCAAACUUGAGAAGCUGAACCUGAAGAACAAGCAGUCUUUAGAAGUUCCAAAGGUGUUGGUCCACUGUUUAUCAGUAGACAGUGCGCAAAACGGUUACAACCCAUAUUAUUCGCUGCUAGGUAGCAAGAUCUGCCAACAACACCAUUCCAUCGCGAAGUCUUUCCAAUUUCUGUUCUGGAAUAUUAUGAGGAAGUUUGAGAACGAUAUUGGGAGCGAUGAUGAGGAAGAUCCCUUCCAGAUCAACGAUUUGGACGAGGAGAAGACCUUGCGCAUGCUUUCUAACCAAGCCUGUUUCUUCGGCUACCUGAUGGCCGAAGGUCAGGUAAAGUUAGAUGUUUUAAAACAUGUAUCCAUUAUGGGGUUGAACUCUGACGGGAGACUUUUCCUAGAGAAUCUUCUAUUUCAGUUUCUGUUGGCCUCAGCCAAAAAAGCAGAAACUAAAAAGAAGGUGGGGAAUAUCAAGGAAUGGUCUUACAGAGAUGACUUGUUGCAGGGCGCCCUGUCGCAUGGGAUCCAGGCCGAAAAUAAAAAGAUAAUCUGCAAAUCGCUCAGGAUGUUUAUGAGGAAUUUUAGAUACACGAACUAUAUUCGUGGUCAGCCUGGCUCGAAGGAGUAUCAACGUGACAUGAGAAGGUUGGACUGGGCCGUUAAGCGUUUUUUGGAACUUAUAGAUGAAGAACUGGAUAGUGCAGAUUUGUGA